AUGCCGUCCACUAUUAACGCUACACUAGAGAACUUGUUAAUAUUCAUCAUGCAAAUAUACAUUGUUACAUGGACUAUUAAAGCUUGUUGCUCGAGGAAAAAACCUAAACCAACUCCAAAGAAAAUAGAAAAUGUGAAAUGCGUAAAACGUAUCAAAUUGGCGAAACCAACACCAAAUUCGUCAGGAUCAUCGACCACUACUUCAAUUCCAUUAAAGUUUCAAGUAAUGCCAUUGGCGCCAACACCACCUGACGAGGAGACGGCUAGAGAUGUAUCCUUUCAAAUUCUUUUUCUGACGGAUUCUAAAGAGAAAGGUUCGAAUGAGCUCGAAAGUCGAAAGCUUCUGCCUUAUCCAGAAGUGAAACCACCAACAUUAAGUCAAAAAAGGAGAAGAGAAAAAGAACUGGAGCGGGAGAAGAAAGAGAAAAUAGCAUCUGGGUUCUAUCAGUCUCGUUCUGAUGAGGAUGACACAUUGGAAAAAGUGACCAGCCUUAAAGAAGAGCUGACAGAACGAAGCCGUAAACGGUCAAUGAAGCAAAGAAAAAUGAAAGUUGAAAUGAAAGGCGAGGAGAAAAAAUCUCAACUCCCACCUCUGCCUCCACCUCCAUUAUAA